UUGUUCGACUUUGUGUGAUCAACAUGCGUGUCCUCUUUUUGCCUUUUGCAGUGGCUCUCUUGGGAGUGGUCGGUGCGACUUCUCUGUCCAGGACAUACUUGCCGCCUCAAGUGCAGCGCCAGGUGAUCUCUGUUCCCAGGAUUGAAGUUCAGCCCCAGAUCAUUCAGCGCCAGGUGGUUCAGCCACAGAACACCUAUCUGCCACCUCGGGUGGUGCCACAAGUGAUUUCCGUUCGUCCUGCUCCACAAGUGAUACAGAUAGCUCGUCCUGCUCCACAAGUGGUACAGAUAGCUCGUCCUGCUCCCCAAGUGGUGCAGAUAGCUCGUCCUGCUCCCCAAGUGAUCUCCGUGGCUGCUCCUCGUAACACCUAUCUGCCACCUCAAGUGAUUAGUCCUGCACCACAGGUGGUGUCCAUUGCUCGUCCUGCUCCACAGGUGGUUUCCAUUGCUCGUCCUGCUCCACAGGUGGUGUCCAUUGCUCGUCCUGCUCCACAGGUGGUGUCCAUUGCUCGUCCUGCUCCACAGGUGGUGUCCAUUGCUCCCCAGGUGGUAUCCAUUGCUCGUCCUGCUCCACAGGUGGUGUCCAUUGCUCGUCCUGCUCCACAGGUGGUGUCCAUUGCUCGUCCUGCUCCGCAGUUGAUCUCGGUAGCUGCUCCGCGCAAUAUUUACCUGCCGCCACAAGUCAUCGCUCCCCGGAACACCUACCUGCCGCCCCAGUAAGAUGCAUCAUCAUCCGAUACAACAUUUCUAAGCAACCACCAACUCAACUGGUUUGUGGUUUAACCCACAACACCAACUAUAUUCUAAUGCUAAUUCUCCAUCACGGCAAAGAAAUGCAAAAAUACAUUUAAUGAGUUUAUUUGUGUGUCUGACUUGAUACGAUUAGCAUAUUCUCAAAUUGGUGCGAAAAAACAAUAAAGAAAGCUUUGAAAGAUAAACAA